AUGGAGUUGGGUUCCAAUGUGGAGAACCAAUCUCUGGCUGUAUUGUCAUAUUGGGAAGGAGAAAGGUUCUCAACCUCCAAGUACUUCGGAUUCUGCUCAGAGAAAGCAUCAUAUUUUGCUUCAGGAUCGACUUUUAUCUUUCUCCUGAAUCAGAAACAGACAGCUGUGGCGAUUGCCUCUGCUCGACCCACUACUGCAAAGCCUCCAACCAUAAUGGGCAGUGUAGCUUCACCUAACAUCUCCAAUUCUGCAGCCGCUAGUUCCUCUGCCACGGCUGGUGGAGCACCUAUUGCUAUGAGCUUCAAUUACCCGAACAUGCCCACCAGUGAAACCCCGUACUUGGCAAUCUUGUAG